AUGGAGGAUUUUAAGUACUUUGCAGAAUUCAUAAAAGAAUGGUUAGCGGAAAAAGGAAAAGGUGGUAUGACAGCGGAUAUUUUAUUGAAAAGAGUAAAAGAAAAGGUCAAGGAUAUGCUGGAUGAUAUAGAGGAAAAAUCCGACCAUGAGAAGGCACUUUGCGAUAUUCAUGGUACAGACGGGCAACCAAUAUUGAUGGAGAAGAAUGAAAAAGAUUUAUGUAAAAUUUUAAUCAGAUUAUUCUACUGGAUAGCUCGAUUAAGACAGAGGGGGAGUAAAGAAGGGAGCAGUACAGGAAAGUGGAUAUGGGAUAAAAUACAGAUGACUGAUUCAACUGAGGAACAUGUACAAGAUUAUUUAAGGUGUAUAAUAGGAAAAAUACUUAUAGUAAAAAUUUUAGCAGCACAAUGUGAUACCAGCAAAGUUGUCCCAAUUGUGCAGAACGCAGUAGGCGAAACCAUAAAAGAGAAAGAUGCCCAAAAGGAGCAUAAUAAAUGUAAAGGAAUGGAUUUUAAAAGUUUAAGUAUGGGGCAAAAAUUUUUUUGGACAGUAAUAGAAGAUGGAAUAAGGGAGGAUAAUGUGAAAGGGAAAAAUAUUAAGGAAUUAAUGCAGAAGCGGAAAUGUGAAAUUGGGGGUAAUGCUCUGGGGAGGGGGGGUAAUAACACAGUGGACAAAUGGAAGCAUACCCUAGAACUACUCGGGUUAGAUAAUGAGAAUAAAAUGCAGCAAUUGAGCACUGAUAGUAGUACGCUGCCAAAGGGAACAUUAGCCAAAGCGCUAUGUUACAUGAAGAAGGGUACGCAGGAAAUUCACGAGAUGGAGGAAAUAUUAGAACGAAUGUAUGAUGAUAGAGGCGGCAAAUAUAAGGUACCAAAGACAGCUGGGGGAAGUGAAGGGGGCAUGGGUUCCACGACUUCUGCUGAGUGCGAUACUAUUGAGGACACUUUAUCUGCAACAACCCCCAGUUCCGUCUCCUCCGUGGACGCAUUACUGGGUACAUCAGGAGCUGCAGGUCCUAAUGGUGGACCCGGGGAAGCACAAACAACAGCUCCCGCAGCAACUGAACCCCAGGCGGGACUAUUACCAGCAUCUUCCAUUCCGACAUCAGCUUCGAGUUCCUCUUCCUCCAGUAGUUCAAGUUCCAGUUCCAGUUCCUCUGGAGCUGAACCCACAGCUCCUGAUGGAGCUGGUGGAGCUGGUGAUGCAGGUGCUGGGGUUGUACCUGGUGUCCCAGGUGCUGUUCCCGCUCAACCUGCUGCAACUGCUUCUGCCCCUUCAAUAACUACAGUAGGUCCCGCCGACCCCGCUCCCCAACUUCCUGAUGGUGGUACCGCUGGAGUAAAUGGUCAUAGUGGUGCUGGUGUGGGUGGCGUGGAAGGAGUUGGUACACCUGUUGCUAAUGGUAGUCUAGCUACUCCAGGAUCUCCUACUAGCGGCGGUGGCACCGGUGGUGGGGGAGGUGGAUCCUCUGGAGGUGGUAGUGAUGGUAGCACUAUUACUGGUACUGGUGCUGGUCAAGGACCAGGUCAAAGUCCUGGUUCACCACUACCACCACCUCAAGAAGAGCCACCCCCACCUCCUCCACCACAACAACAGCAACCUCCUUCUCCUGUCGUUCAACCAGCACCAGCCCCUGCUCCCAUUACCGUUAAUGGUGGUGGCACCGGUACUGGUAGUAGUGAACCUGAUGCUUCUAGUGCUGGCAGUCCGGGGGGACCUCAAGCAAAUCCUUCAGCACCCCACGGUAGUGGUGGUAGUGGUAGUCAACCUACUGGUGCGGUUUUACCUGGUGGUGCAGGUGGUGGUGUCCCGGGGGUCGGUACUCCAGGAGCGACCGCUGAUGGUGACAGUAAUGGUCCGGGUGUUGGUGGUGCUGGUACUCCAGCAGCCCCAGCAGCGGCUGCUGCGGCAGCAGGACCGAAUGGUGCUGGUGCCACAGCGGAUGAUGGACCUUCUGUUGGUCAAGUACUGGGGGCUUUGGGAAGAGGAAUUUCUAACAUAUUGGGCUCAAUAUUUUCGAAUGCACUGUCCCCCCUUGUACAUGUCACCACAGUUCCCUCCGCCCUUCUCGAUUCAGUUUCCCGUUCAGCUGGUCCCGUUAUAAAAAUAGCUCAUAAAGCUGCGGAAGCUGCAAAAGCUGCAAAAGAUGCUCUUUUUCCCGUUAAUGGUGGAGGUGCUGAUACUUCACGAACUUCUCCUGCUGAUGAUGCAAGUACUGGUGGUACUGCAAGUACUGGUGCUGCUGCAAGUACUGGUGCUGCUGCUGAUCCAGGAUCUCCUGCUGGGGGCGGUGGUACCGGUGGUGGUGGUAGUGGUCUCAGUGGUACCACAACGAGUGACGGUAGUCCAGGCGCACCUGAAGCGAAUCCUGUCCCCACUACUCCAAAUAUUACAUCCGUGGAGCCACACAUCACGCCUGUUACAACAUCAACACAUGUAUCAUCGCCAACAUCACCAGUAAUAACGACGCAUGUAACAUCAUCACAGCAUCCACCAUCACCAACAUCACCAUUAACACCUAUUUCAACGGGAGCUGGCACUGCUGGCGGAAAAGGACGUCAGAGCAGGACAUCACAUGGAGGUAGAACUCCACAUGGCCCGAAGGUUGUAGAAUGGGAUAUAAGGAAUGUAAAGGAUGUUAUUAUCCCGUAUAUUCCAAUAAUUCCUGUUGUAUUAGGUGUUUCUGUAUUUGGUUUCCUUUUUUUUAAGUAUUUUGGAUUUUCUGCUCGGCAAAAACGACGUUCCCGACGUGCGCCACAAAUACCGAGGAGUCCUCCCCCUUUGGAAGAACAUAUGGAAAAAGGCGCUCUAACCAUAUCUUAUGCACCUUCUCAGUAUUAUAUGGUUAGAAGACGCCAUCCUCUAUUUAGUAACGAAAAGCAGCGAGCAAAAAAACAUAUCUUAAAAGGAAUAAGCGAAAAAACUGUUAUUCAUGUUCACUUGGAGGAAGUAAAUGAAUACAAGAACCAAGAACAAAACUAUGCGUCGUCGCCAUUAAUGGAUAAAGUCGAUUUUCUUCAAAUCAUCGUGGAGGAAUUUAUGGGAUCCGCAUAA